AUGUCAGAAUUUAACCCCGGCGAAUUUAUGGUGGAACCAACCAUAGAAAAUUUUAAUAGCCUGCGUAAAGAUAACCUAGUUACGCUAGCCAAGCAUUUAGGGCUAGAAAUAAGAAGUGCCUUCAGAAAACGCGAAGUAUACGAUUUAAUCAAGGAACAUUUUGUUAAAGAAAAAACAUUCGAACAGUCUGUUUUCAUGGAACAAAGUAUAAAUACAGUAGAAAAUACACAGAUUAGUGAAGAUAGUGAAAUAAGCGAGAAAGACAGACAGUGGCAGAGAGAGCAUGAGAAAGUUUUGUGGGAAAGAGAACGAGAGAAACGCGAGUGGGAAAGAGAAAGAAUAGAGAAAGAAAGAGAGUUUAGAUUGAGGGAACAGGAAUUAGAGUUAAGAAAAUUGGAAUUAGAGGUUCAGGCAAAAGGGCAAAAUCUUAGAGUUAAGUCGGGUCAAAAAUUUGACGUGACCAAGCAUGUCCGAAUGGUUCCACCCUUCCAGGAACGGGAAGUAGACCAAUAUUUCCUACAUUUCGAAAAAAUUGCCACAAAUUGUGAGUGGCCAAAAGACAGCUGGACGAUGCUGUUACAAAGUGUAUUAGUUGGUAAAGCUCGUGAAAUUUUUUCGCAACUUUCAGUAGAAUUAUCAGCUAAUUAUGAUACGGUAAAGGAACUUAUCCUUAAUGGCUACGAGUUGGUCCCAGAGGCAUACCGCCAAAAAUUUCGAAACUUGGAAAAAACUGACCACAAAACAUAUGUCCAAUUCGCCCAAGUAAAAGAACAGUUGUUUGACCGAUGGUGCUUAUCUGAGAAAAUCAAUAAAGAAUACAAAAAUUUGCGGGAACUGAUUUUAAUUGAGGAAUUCAAACGUUGCGUUAACCCCGAAGUCCGCACAUUUAUAAAUGAACAAAAACCUGACAGUUUCAUUGCAGCGGCCCGUUUGGCAGACGAUUUCGCGUUGACUCACAAGACCACAUUUGAAAAGAAGUCACAACCAAAUAAUUUUGACAACAGACACACACCGGCCAGAAAAUAUCCGCACGAUAACCGGGGAAAAUAUGACCCCAGAGCAUCACGCGACACGACUAAUCCAAGUUGGCGACGACCGCCACAAAAUUUCCAGCCGAAUAAAACGUCGGAAUUUCCGAACAAACGAAAUAAUUUUCCUUUCAGUACCAUCACUUGUGGCUAUUGUAAGCGUAAAGGACAUACGAUGUCAGAUUGCUACAGAAAUCCACAAAAUCAAACAAAACCAACCGGCAUUGUUUCAACACCGGAUAACAACACAACAUCUGUUUCUGAUAGUAAUAAUGCUAGUGAUACUCAAGAGGAUUUGAUAGAGGUCAAAGCCAAUGCUGACCCUAUAAUGAAAGUAUUUGAACCAUUUGUAAAUGCGGCUAGUGUUUCACUUUUGAACAAUCCAACACAACGUAUUCCAGUUCAAGUAUUACGCGAUACUGGAGCGUCUCAAUCUUUAAUACUGACAAACACAUUGCCAUUUUCUGCGGAAUCAUAUUCCGGAAACAAUGUUUUGAUAAAAGGAGUUCACUCCAGCGAUUAUAGUUCAGUUCCUUUGCACAACAUUCGACUGCACUCAGAUUUAGUCUCCGGAGAUGUUUCGACAGGUAUCAUCGAUACAUUGCCUUUCGAUGGAAUACAAUUGUUAUUAGGUAACGAUCUUGCGGGUGAAAAAGUGACAGUCAAUCCAAUAGUGACAAACAAACCAUGCUCAACAUCAAUUUCCGACGUCAUUGAACAAGAAAUUCCAAAUUUAUAUCCAUCGUGUGCGGUCACAAGAGCAAUGGUAAAACAACAAGAAUUAGAGAAUAAUAAAAGAGGUGACCUUGAUUCAUCCUAUGAUUUGUCCGAUACUUUUCUUACACAGUUAUUUGAUAGUGGCCCUAAAACAACACAGAUUACGAAAAACGAUGCGAUAGACACAAAAAGCUUGUCAACAUCUAAUCUCAUUCACGAGCGAAAUAAUGAUCCCGAAAUAGCUAUUCUAAUUCAACAAGCUUUCGAUGAAAAAGAAAUUUCAGACCAGGCAAUGGGAUACUUUAUCAAAAACGAUAUUUUAAUGCGGAAAUGGCGACCACCUGAUGUUAGUGUUGAUGAUGAAUGGUCAGUUCGAUACCAAAUUGUUAUCCCAAAACCUUACCGUGAAGAAGUCUUACGUUUAGCACACGAAACACCCCUUUCAGGACAUCUGGGAAUAAACAAAACCUAUGAGAAAAUCAUACGACAUUUUUAUUGGCCUGGAGUUCGAAAAACCGUGGCAGAAUUCUGCAAAACAUGCCACACUUGUCAAGUAGUCGGCAAACCAAAUCAAGUUAUCCCAAAAGCACCGCUAAAACCAAUUCCGGCUUUUGAAGAACCAUUUAGCCGUAUUAUGAUUGAUUGCGUCGGACCAUUACCUAAAACUAAGCGAGGUAAUCAAUAUUUAUUGACAAUUAUGUGUGUUUCGACAAGUUUUCCUGAAGCAAUACCACUUCGAAAUAUCAAGGCUAAAACCAUUGUAGAAGCACUUACAAAGUUUUUCACUUUAGUUGGUCUUCCAAAAUCCAUCCAGUCUGACCAAGGUUCGAAUUUCACGUCAGGGUUGUUUCAACAAAUUAUGCACGAACUAGGUAUUAAACAAUACACCUCGUCAGCUUAUCACCCGGAAAGUCAAGGCGCUCUGGAAAGGUUUCACCAAACAUUGAAGCAAAUGAUUACGACAUAUUGUUUUGAAACUGAGAAAGAUUGGGACGACGGCGUCCAUUUCCUUUUGUUCGCGGCUCGUGAGUCAGUUCAAGAAUCAUUAGGGUUUAGUCCAUUUGAGUUAGUUUUCGGUCACACGGUUCGGGGACCGCUCAAGCUUUUAAAGGAAAAGUUGCUUACCGACGACGGUGGUUCAUUGAAUAUUUUACAGUAUGUAACGGACUUUCGUACCAAAUUAACUAAGGCUUGUGACCUAGCACGUAAGAACCUUAAAAUAGCUCAAAAUCGCAUGAAGCACAGUUACGACAAAAACACCGUAACUCGGAAUUUUCAGAACGGAGAUAAGGUUCUUGCACUUCUUCCGGUUCCUGGAAACCCCUUGCAAGCUAGGUAUUUUGGGCCCUAUGUUAUAGAAAAGAAAGAGAAUGAUUUAAACUAUAUAAUCAUAACUCCAAAUAGACGUCGAAAGAAACAGCUUUGCCAUGUAAAUAUGCUUAAAGCAUAUCACGAAAGAAAGAAAGUAGUACAGUCAGUAAAUGUAGUGAGUUCAGAUAGAGAUAGGUAUAGCAAUGAGGAUGAAUCUGAACUCUCUAGUUUGUCUGAGACAACAAAAUUGAGCAACUCCGACGUUUUACGAAAUAUGGAUUCGAAGUUAUCUCAUCUUCAACCAUCUCAACGUCAGGAUGUUCUAGACCUUGUUAAUGAAUAUGCACAAUUAUUCCCCGACAUUCCUUCUCGAACUGACAUGAUUUCCCACGAC